UUUGACACAUUUUCCUUAUUUAAUCACUGACUCUUUGCUACAAUGAAAGUGGUAUUUAUAACAAAACAAGGCUGGUGGAUUAUACUUGCCGCUUGUGUAUUUGUGCUAGGAAACUGCGUGCUUCUCUAUCGCUUCAUCAACAAGACUUCGAUUGCUGAGCUAGAGAAAGCUGCCAGAUUGAAGGAAAUAUCGGAUAGCUAUCUUGAAAAUUUAAAGGAGUCGGACUCCAAAUUAAAAGAUUUAGCUGAAGCUGUUCAGAGAUUGCAGAGUAAACCCGUGAAAUCCGAUAAUAUUGGACUUGAGAUACGUGAACAAAACAACAAUGAGGUUCAUGCAGGCUUCCAAGUGGAAACACCAGCUGAAGUUCAGUUAAAAGCAGAGCCACAGAAAACUGCAACAUUGUUGAAGUCAAAGUUACUUUUACCAGUUACAACAGAAGCUGAGGAAUUUGUGGCUGCAGUGCUAGUUAUGGCGUGCAACAGACCAACAGUGAAGCGUUGUCUAGAUCUUUUAAUAAAGUAUCGCCCUUCUGUUAAAGAAUUCCCCAUUGUUGUAAGCCAAGAUUGUGGGGAUGCUGCGACAGCAAAUGUCAUUAGAUCAUACGGAAAUCAGGUCUCAUUCAUUCAACAACCAGACCUGUCAGAUGUAAGAGAUGUCCCGGCCAACAUGCGUGGAAUGAUGGGUUACUUUAAAAUAAGCCGUCAUUAUAAGUGGGCUUUGGGGCAAGUAUUUGAUAACAUGGGCUAUGACACAGUCUUGAUUGUUGAAGACGACCUUGAUAUUGCACCAGACUUUUAUGAAUACUUCAAAGCUACAAAACCCUUGCUGGACAAGGAUCCAAGCUUAUGGUGUGUCUCGGCUUGGAAUGAUAAUGGAAAAGAAGGAAUGGUUAAAAGAAAUGAUGUUCUUUACAGAACAGACUUUUUCCCUGGACUUGGCUGGAUGAUGAGAAAAUCUCUUUGGGUAGAACUAGAGCCAAAAUGGCCUCUUGGAUUUUGGGAUGAUUGGAUGAGGGAAGCCUCGCAACGUAAAGACAGAUCAUGUAUUCGACCAGAAAUUCCACGGACAAGGACAUUUGGCCGAGUAGGUGUUAGUCGUGGACAAUUUUAUGAUCAGCAUUUGAAAUUUAUCAAGCUAAAUGACCAAAAGCACCCAUUUUCAAAAACAGACCUUUCCUAUUUACUGAAAGACAACUAUGAUCAAAGGUUUGUAGUACGUGUACAUUCACUGCCUCUUGUAACUGCUGAUCAAUUGGUAGAAAAAAAGGUUUUUGCCACAGAUGUACAAGUUCACUACUCUUCGCCAAUGAACUUUGCACAAGUUGCUAAACAACUUGGUGCAAUGACAGACUUUAAGGCAGGAAUACCCAGAAUGGCAUACAAAGGCAUAGUUUCAAUUGUGUUCUCAGGAAUUAAUGUGCACAUUGUUCCAUCAGAGUAAAGC